AUGGAGCCUGCUUCCUGCGUGAAACAAUCCAGCUCCCGAAGUGCCCUGCGCUGUUUACGCUACGUUCCUCCCUGGGAACGUCACAGUGCGGAGAGGGGCGAGGAGGCGGGACGGGCGAGGGAACGUGACGUAACGUCCUCACGUCGUGCCGCCUCCCGCAACCCGGAAGUCUCUGGGAUGAGUUUCAUUUCUAGUGAUGAAGUAUUCCAAGUUACAUGCUAUUCUGCGUACUCCCUGGUUUCUGUUUUCUCACCUGAAGCGCCUAUACCUUACAGCUUCAAGGCAAAGAUGCUUCCUGUCUCUCCGCGGGACACCUGA